AUCUUGCAACCACUAUAGAGCAAGCUUCAUUCUGCGUUUUUCAUCUAUUGUAGCUAUAACUGAAAACUAGAGAAGAAUUGUUGAUCAGCAGAAGCCAAUUUAAGCCAUUUUCAAUGGAUCAAACACCCCGUGUAGCCCUCUUACCAUCUCCCGGGAUGGGUCAUCUCAUCCCGCUGGUGGAGUUUGCUAAGCGCCUUAUUCUCCAACACAACUUCUCAGUCACCAUAAUUCUCCCGACAGAUGGACCUCUCUCUAAGGCACAAACCACCUUUCUUGCUGCUCUUCCUGCUGCCAUCGAUUAUAUUCUCCUUCCUCCUGUUAACUUCGACGACUUAGCUGACGACGUUAGGAUUGAGACGCGUAUUUCCCUCACCGUCACUCGCUCUCUUCCUUCCCUUCGUGUUGCGCUCAAGUCUUUGGUUGACACCACCAAGUUGGCCGCUCUCGUGGUCGAUCUUUUCGGCACGGAUGCCUUUGAUGUAGCCAAUGAAUUCAAGCUCCCGCCAUAUAUCUUCUUCCCUUCCACCGCCACGGCUUUAGCGUUUUUCUCCUACCUGCCUAAGCUUCAUGAGAUGGUUGCAUGUGAAUUUAGAGACUUGCCCGGGCCAAUUCGAGUCCCGGGUUGUGUACCAAUUCACGGGAGGGAUCUCCUCGACCCGGCUCAGGACCGAAAGAACGACGCCUACAAGUGGCUGCUUCACCACGCGAGGAGGUACAGCCUGGCCGAGGGAAUCCUGGUGAACAGCUUCAAGGACUUGGAGCCUGGACCUUUAAAAGCGUUGCAGGAGCAAGAACCGGGUAAGCCACCGGUUUAUCCGGUUGGACCACUUAUACAGAUGGGCUCAGGGGACAAGAGGGGGGAGGAGUCGGAAUGCUUGAAAUGGUUGGAUGAUCAGCCCAGCGGGUCCGUUCUGUACAUUUCGUUUGGUAGCGGUGGGACCCUCUCCCAUAAUCAGCUAAUCGAGCUAGCAUUUGGAUUGGAGAUGAGCGAGCAAAGAUUCUUGUGGGUGGUCCGGAGUCCAAAUGAUGGAGUUGCCAAUGCCACUUACUUCACCGUCCACAGUCAAAAUGAUCCUCUGGCUUUUAUGCCGGAAGGGUUCUUGGAUAGGAUCAAGGGUCGAGGUUUUUUGCUGCCAUCUUGGGCUCCACAGGCUAAAAUUCUCGGCCACAGUUCCACCGGUGGGUUUCUGACCCACUGCGGUUGGAACUCGACUCUUGAAAGUGUGGUUGAGGGGAUUCCGCUUAUUGCUUGGCCGCUCUACGCGGAGCAGAAGAUGAACGCCGUAAUGCUUGCGGAGGAUCUAAAAGUUGCUUUGAGGCCAAAGGCUGACGAAAAUGGAUUCGUGGGAAGAGUUGAGAUUGCAAACAUGGUAAAGAGGUUAAUGGAAGGAGAAGAAGGGAAGAGGCUCCGCAGCCGAAUGAAGGAGCUCAAGGAUGCAGCUGCUAAGGUUUUGAGCCAAGACGGUUCUUCCGCAGAAGCUCUAGCCCAAGUUGCCGGCAAGUGGCAGGCCAAAAUUUGUACGUAAAUUAGAUUAUAGCCUCGUCUUAGUUUUGCCCUUUCUGUUCUUGGUGUAUUUUUUUAUUUAAAAGCACCUUGUUCUGCGUUGGUUUCAAGCGCAUAAAUGUAGGAGGUGUAUUGUCUUUGGUUAAAUAAGUUAAAAAGGGUAAUUUGGUUUUGUAAAGAGGUCAGUUUCUAUGAGCCCCCAUUCUAUUAUUUUGGUGUU